CUCCUUGCCAUCCCUGUUCUCCAUGCGCUCUCGAUAAACUCUACGUUGCACCAUUCUAUGGACUCCGCGGUCUCCAAGCAGCUGGUCGAUAAAAUCUACGAAAAACGGAAGGCAGCUGCUCUCGAACUCGAAAAACAGAUUCGGGAAUGUCACCAACAAGGAGAUGACCGACGUAUUUCCCUGAUUAUCGACCAGCUGGUGGAUAUGUUCAGCAAUCCAAAUAACGCUCUGCAUGUACGGAACGGUGGCCUUAUUGGAUUAGCUGGCACCGCUAUUGCAUUGGGUGUCGAUGUCGCGCCUUACAUGGACAAAUUUGUGUAUCCCGUCCUCGACUGCUUCGUGGAUCCUGAGAAUCGUAUCCGAUACUUCUCUGCCGAGUGCCUGUACAAUAUAGCUAAAGUGUCGAAGGGCGAAGUGCUGAUAUACUUCAACGAAAUUUUCGAUGCGCUGAGCAAGCUCGCCGCAGAUUCCGAGUUGUCUGUAAAGAAUGGCGCAGAGCUUCUGGACAGACUUCUAAAGGAUAUUGUCGCCGAAUCUGCUUCAGUCUAUAUUCCAAUCCAUGCCGAAUCUGAAAAGCCUUACAACGAAAGCCAGGGCGUACUUGUACCGCAUCCUGUUGAUCCUUAUUCCGCCAAGAAAGCAUUUUCCUUGGCUCAUUUCAUUCCUCUGUUGCGCGAACGAAUUUAUGUCGUCAGCCCUUUUACCAGAAGCUAUCUGGUGUCUUGGAUCACGGUCUUGGACUCUGUUCCGGAGCUCGAGUUAAUCUCGUAUCUACCAGAAUUUCUGGAAGGACUACUGAAAUAUCUUUCGGAUCCCACAGAAGACGUCCGAGUGGCUACAGAGGUUCUGCUCGCUGACUUUCUUCGUGAAAUUCGUGAUGUCACCGUGGUUCGCAGGCGCUCAGAAAAACUGGCCAAGUCUACACAUACUGUUGGGGACACUGAAUCUAUCGUUCCUUCGGAAGGCGGACAAACCGAGCAUUCAAUUACUGAUUCGCCUGAACGUGCUGUGUUCCUUGCUGAUCACGAUGAUGCUCAGUAUCCGGAUUCAGAAUACAAGGAAGACCGUGCUUCAGACUUUGAUGUACGAGACGCUGGAUCUUGGGUCCCUGGACAGGGUGUUAAAAUUGACUUUCCUUCCAUCGUUGAAAUCCUGAUCGAGCAGCUGGAUGGAGAACACGACGAAAUCCAGCAAUCCACUGCUUUAAGGUGGUUAGCUGAGUUCAUCAACUUCGCCUCUGAAGUGAUGAUUCCAUUCACUCCACGUUUGAUUCCGGCAAUUCUUCCAAAUCUUGCCCAUCAUGCUAGCAUGAUCCAAACUAUCGCCGUCCGCACCAACAAGUUACUUCUCAGCGUCAUACAGAACCUUCCUUCGCCGCCAGAAGUGCCAGCUCGCUCCCAAGAGAAACCGCCAUCGACUCGCGUCCAAGCUUCACCAACUCCCACUGCUGUUCCUGCCCCCACUAGUUCCAAUUCGAGGCAGCCUACGAUGGCAAAGGAUCCUAGUGCCUCUUUGAGGGAUGCAGCAUCUCCUGAGACGACAGGAGAUACAGUCUCACCCCCACCCAUGAAUGCCAAUUCAUCUUCAGCCAGUGGCGUGUCCCUCGUACGUCCGCGUGGUAGUGGAGUAGAUUUGUCCAUGACUCCUCGAGCAAUCGUAGCAGAGACUCUACCGCAACCUAGUACUAGUCGGCCUCAGUCUCCAGUGUCCGUUCUCAGUCACUCUAAUCAAAACCUACAAGCCUCUAUCACGGAGGAACCGGACGUUUUCGACUAUCAGGCUACCGUCAACGAGCUGACGAUACAGUUCUUGAGCGAAUUUGAAGAGACGAGGGUGGCCGCCCUCAAAUGGUUGAUCAUGCUUCAUCAGAAGGCACCGAGAAAGAUACUGGCUAUGGAUGACGGGACUUUUCCUGCGCUACUUAAGACCUUGUCAGAUAGUUCAGAAGAGGUUAUCAAGCAUGACUUGCAACUGUUGGCACAGAUAUCUUCCAGCUCUGAAGAGAAUUAUUUCAAAGCGUUCAUGAUGAACCUUUUGGAGUUGUUCAGUACGGACCGGCGACUACUGGAGACAAGAGGAAGUCUUAUUAUCCGCCAGUUAUGUUUAAAUCUGAACACAGAGCGUAUAUACAAAGCGUUUGCUGAGAUUCUGGAGAAGGAAGAUGACCUUGAAUUUGCCAGCGUUAUCGUGCAGAAACUGAACAUGAUACUCAUUACAUCCCCUGAACUGGCCGACUUCAGGAAAAGGUUGAAAAGCCUCGAGACGCGGCAAGAUGGUCAGGCACUCUUCACGACACUAUACCGAUCUUGGUGUCACAAUGCGGUGGCGGUAUUCUCGCUGUGUCUUCUAGCCCAGGCAUAUGAGCAUGCGUCCAACCUGUUGUAUAUCUUUGCCGAUCUAGAGAUAACAGUCCCAAUGCUUGUUCAAAUCGAUAAAUUAGUGCAAUUGAUUGAGUCUCCGGUUUUUACUUAUCUCCGUCUCCAGCUUUUGGAACCUGACCGAUAUCCUCAUCUUUUCAAAUGUCUCUAUGGGCUAUUGAUGUUAUUACCACAAAGUUCUGCCUUUGUGUCCUUGCGAAAUCGUUUGAAUGCCGUCAAUUCAGCCGGUUUUCUUCACAUUGCUCCGAAACCCACGGUUGGUCCACUUUCCGGUCGUUCGAAAUUAGCACGGGAUGAGAUCAAGUGGCAGGAGCUGCUACAACACUUCCGCUCGGUUCAGUCAAAGCAUGAAAAAGCUCGGAGGCAAGCUCUUGGCACAGACAUGACCUCCUUCUCCAGCUUCCCUGAAUUCGACAGGCAGAGUGAUCAGAGCGAGCGCGUCGGACGAUCUCCGGUAAACGGUCGACCCGCUAUACGGAGGAAGGUGACGGGUGACCUGUCAGUCAGUGUAAAUAAUACCUCGUCCUCGGGACCAUUGUCCCGAGCACCAAUCCUGUCUCCCUUGAACCCGAGAGCUCGUGGUUCUAGCGGGGCUACGCCUAUGAAUCCCGCUGCAGCAAUUACCCAGCAAGCACAGAAGGGUAGACGAACCAUUAGUUUGACCAGGAAAUGACUUAGGUCAAGACGAUUUUCAUUCAUGGGAUAUUCGAUGCAUAAUUACAUGUAGUUCACGCUUUUUAAUGAUUUCUAAACUGUCGAUAGGGCGAGUAUCCAAAUACGAGAGCAGACGAGAACAGACAAAAAAAAGAUAUGUGAGAAUUGUAGUGGAUAUAGUACUACAUAGGCUAUGUCUGAAGUCUUUAAAUAUUAAAUCAAGUAACGUAUGAAGAAGAUCGGACCAGUUAGGUCAUUGGGUGUUGUCAGUAUGCUGAAAGCAUCAAGUGCAGGAAGU